AAAACAUCGAUGGUAACAAGUCUUUUCAGACCAUCACGCUUCUACAGAUAUUCCCGCUCCGACUGAAAAACCUCCAAGAGAAAUCACCGGGAGUGAAGUGGAGGAGCUUCAGAAAAUACAAACACAGGAAAUGGUGUUUCCAAGUUUGCAGUAAGUUAUUUUUUUAUGAAGCCGUGUCUGCCGAGUUUCUGCCGUAACAAUAAAUGGUGAGACCCAUGUGGUUUUACAUUUGUUCGGUCUUCACACAAACUUCUGUGUGAUGUGGGAGGACAGGAAAAGAGCGUCACCUGGAGCUGACCGGCUAUCACAGACUCUCAACUAACGUGCAGGCUGACUGCAGGUAAACAGAAGGAAACCAGGAAGUCCAAACAAGUUCGUAUCUACACUGUUACUAUAAGCUACUACAUUGUUUUUAUAAACUAUUUCUACACUAAACCUCCGCUGCAUAAAGGCAAACUGUGUUUAUGUAGUAAGGCUGCAAAAAAAUACACUUUUUCAUCAAACUUUAUAAUAUCAAAAAAACAACAGACCUAUAGCCUACUACAGCUGAAGAAUAAGGAUAAAUAUUGUAUAUUCCUGGAUGGUUUAAUAAUAGUGGAUAUUUACAUAUUCCCAGAGAGAUGUAUUGCCUCCUUGGAAGUCUUGCAUCAGAUAAACAUAAGAAUGUGUUAAAUGUCAAAAAAUAAAUAGACAUAUGUCUUCAAAAGUUACACCCUGGCUUAAAAGUGUGAAGCAAAAAUGAAAAAUUACAGACCUUUGUAGAUAUAUUUUUAAAAGACUCAUUUCUUGUGUUAAGACUUAAUCAUCUCUUCAUUUCCUCAGGAGCUGACUGCAGUGACUUCCAGUCAUGUCUGAGGAGCAAGCAGCAGAGAUCCAGCUGCUCAGACGCCACAAGGCUAAGCUUAUAGAUAUUCUAAGUGCAGAUGCUGACUUUGUUCUGCAGCAUGCAGACUCCCGCUGUCUGCUGUCUCCUCGCGACUACCAACAGGUAAAAGCCUGUCGUGUUCCUAGUGAGAAGGUGACAGAACUGCUGGAUCAUAUCAUCCAGAGAGGACCUGACUCUGUGCGGGGCCUGCUGGAACUACUUAAAGAACAGGCCUUGCAGAAAACCUUCCCAAUGCUAAGCUUUGCAAAGGAUCUUGUUGUCAACACACUGUCUUCAGGUAGGACAAGUCUGCUCAGUCCUUUAAUUAUCUAAACUUAAACAUCAUUUAAACAAUGUAAGGUAAUGUAAAUGUUUCUCCAUUUAUAAGAACAAGAAAAGACACCAAGAAAAAGACAAGCUCCUGAUUCAGAAGAGAGUGUUCCAUCCAAACAGAUCAACAUCAGCAGUAAGUCCUGAUGCACUAAAAGCUGUUUCCCUUAAACACAAUAAAAGCAUCACUUAGUUUACAUUUCUUUGCUUUGUUACACAGACUCUCGCUUAGUAAAGGAGAAGCAGCUCAUUAUGGUGGCUCGUACCAUUGGCAAAUCAUGGAGGGAGAUUGGCAGACUGGCGCUGGAUAUCUCCUCUGUAAAGCUGGAACAGAUUGAAGAGGACCACUCGCUGCAUGUGGAGCGAGUGUUUGCCAUGCUGAGACAUUGGCGGACUUGUCAGAGGGACAAAGCCACUGCUGCUCACCUACACUCCCUACUCAGUCAGGACGACUGGGCCCUGGCACCUGAGAGUAUUGACUUCUUAUUGAAGACUGACUGAGGCCUUGACUUUUUUUUAAGGUUCUUAUCUGAAAUUUGUAGAAAGGCCUCCAUAAGAAGAAAAACAAUACAGGUCUACUACUCAUAAAAAAGGUGUAAAUAAUUUUGUUUUAUAAAUAUCUUUUAAUGAUUUUUAUUUUUUUGUCAGUUGUAGCUGUAGCACUGAUUUGACAAAAACCCUUCAUUCAAGGAGUGAUGAGAAAAACCAACAAGGCAGCUUUCCUUUCAUUCAAUUUCAAUCACACAGAGGCAUAAAUUAAGGGAGAUAAAUCCCUUCUCCAUAGAAAUUGUUAAGUGCUGUUUUGUUAAGUACCUUAGGAUAUGUUGGGGUCUGUUCUAUUAAAAUAUAAUUAGAUUUUCCUUUUUGGUCCUGUGCCUUGAAUAUCAGUAUCUACUUAAAUCGAAGUUCUUCCAUUUCUUUCUUAACUUACAUGACAUUAAUCAAGUAAGUAUACAGACAAAACCUCUCUCUUCGCUGCAGGACAGAAAGAUUCAGAAGAUCUUUUGUUCCCACAGCCAUCAGACUUUAUAACUCUUGUGUAAAUAAUAGAUAACCUUUAGAAACGUGUCAAGUGAGACGCCAGACAAUUGAAUUUCCCUUCAGGAUUAACAAAGUUCUUCUUAUCUUAUCUUAUCAUUGUCACUGCUUUGUAGUCUGUAGUUGUUCAUCUUUGUCAAAACAGCCAAAUACAGAGAAUGGGAUUCAUUUACUUGUAAAAGAUAUUUUCUGUUCUAUUUUACAAACAUAAACUUAAAAUGUUUAAUGUGAAUACCAAAUGUGUAAAGUUUCAAAUUGUGAGGGAAGAGGUGUGUUGGACUUAGCCCAGGAUAAGACUGCAAGCUGCUCUGCAUGGCUUGUUCAAAAAGUCACACGAGAAUAACACAACAGAAACACAAAAGUAGCUCAGUUUAGUUUUUUUCUUACCUUACUCAAACCAUCCCGCUUGGUUCCAUGUUCUUGGGAUUUAGAUUUGGGGUCAAAACAGUCAUUUUAACCAGACAAACAAAUUUGUAACAUGGCAGCAGUGGAGGAGGCCUCUGGAGUGUGGGGGUGUGUGUGGUGGUGGGGAUUUAAAGAGACAGUAGUUGAAAGUUUUCUUCUUAGUGUUGAACAGCAGUUGGUAUCCAGCUUUUUGGUGAGUUGAAAGUUUUACUUCUCUCAUUUAAUGGCGGAUCGCGAGCAACGCUCAGGUGUAUAUCUGUUAUAUCAACAUGUUUUAUAGCAUACCUGCAAGACAAAGUAUGAAAUUCCAUUGCAAUAGUUAAAAAAUGCUCACCAAGCCUAAAAAAAAUCACAUUUUUUACAGAAAGAAAGACUCAAUUUCACGAUUCAGGGUGCUAAAGGGUGGUAAGAAAAUUUUGGAAGUCACAAAAGACAUGAGGCUGGCAGAAAAAAAUGUGGUAAACAAAUGGCCUGACUUAAAUGUUUUUAUUUGUUUUUAUUUCUGAUGUUCUGUGCGGUAUGAUUAUUUGUCAGAGCACUUCGUAAACUUUUGUUUUUAAAAGUUCUAUAGAAAUAAAAUUAUAAGUAUUAUCAUCAUUGUACCUGCCCCUGAAAUGAAGUAUAGAAAGUGAAAUAAACAUCAAAAUAUUCACAUA